AUGGCGGCGCGCUCGGAUAACUACACCGCUAGCCAAGACAGAGCGGCGGGGGUAAUUCACACACGAAACAGCAAGAAUCCGUUUGUGACGGACACGACAGUGACUUUCGGGGCUAACGUGGUGGAUGGCGGGUGCGUCGACUACGGCUGGAGCCCAAAUAAUCCCUUCCUAGCCAGCAUGAAGCUAUCACAGGCCGCUAACGGAGCAGCGGACCCCACGUUUCUACCGCGACUGGACACAGCGUGGCCGCCCACUCCACCGCCAUCGGGAUCUACAAAUCCUUUCACCAAAGCAGCGGUGCAGCAGGGAGGAGACCACGGUGAGUCUGCAGCGCCCGCAGGUGUAAACCAUACCGCUGCUACCCAGUUACGCCCCACAGAAUUUACCCACAUCACUGAUCAAUAUAUUAAUCCCUUCUCAAAGACGAACAGAGACUAUUUCGCUACUAGUACUCCUGUUUUCCACGCCCAAGCACCUUUUCAAACACAGACUGUGCCCCAAAUCGCCUCACAUGUGCCUCCACACGUAACACCAAGCUAUGCAGUGCAGGGCCAGACCUAUGACCACAGUUUUUCAAGAACUGAUCCUCCCCCUCUCCCACCACGUUCUGCAUGCCAUGGUGGCCCCAUAGACAUCAGUGAUGAUGAUGGACAAAGAGAGAGAAUCCCCACGCUACAGCCAGGCCAGUUUGAUGGGACUGGUGCAUGGAAAGACUUUAUAUAUCAGUUUGAGAGUUGUGCAAAAGCCAAUCACUGGACCGAAAAGACUAUGGCCGUGCAGCUGAAGUUCAGCCUGACUGGGGCAGCUGGGGCAAUCGUCCAUAAAAACCCACGGUCGGCUCAGUGGAGUUAUCAGCGCAUUGUGGAAGAGAUCGAGGCUGCCUAUGGACCUUGCCCGGAGUAUGCUGCCGCCGUUGGCAUAGAACUGAGACAAAGAACCAGAAAACCUGGUGAAAGCCUGCAUGCACUCCGAGAUGACAUUUAUGAAAAAGUUUCAAUUGCAUAUGCUGGCCGUGGAGAGUUGGAACAGGAUGCAAUUGGUGUGGAGAUAUUUACCAACGCCCUGGCCGACGCUGAGCUGGUGCAGAAACUCCUGGAGGAAAAGCCGUGCACCCUGGCAGGGGCCUACAACAUAGCUCGCAGGUAUGAGGCCACCAGAAGAGCUGCGCAGACAGUUGCACAGCUAAUGCGGUCAGGUGCUGCUAAUGCUAAUGAACGGAAAACAAGAGCAGCUACAGUACGUGAAGAUGAUAAUGGGCCCCGCUCAGGGGAGCCAGAGAGAGUGGCCAUAGGGCGCACUGACCAACCAAAAUUUCUCCGGCAGGGACGGCCCCACAAAACUGACAGCCCUAAAAAAUUAGAUUUUAGAGAGAUUGUUUGUCACAACUGUUCUGGCAUUGGACAUUUUCAGAAAAAUUGCCCCUCCCCUCGCCAACCCAAGCGGACGGCAGCUAAUGUCACACCAGCUCCUGUACAGGCCCCAGCAUCUGCCCCAAACACUGUCACUGUGAGUCCUAGAGGCCAAGAGGAGGAAGAAAUGUGUGUGCAGGUCACAAUUUAUGGACUAAAAAUCUGUGCCUUGCUCGACUCUGGGGCACGAAGGAAUGUGUUUUCUCUCCAUCGUUACAACAACUUACCUGCGGAGGCCAGACCCCCUAUCCAACCAUCAACCGCAGAGGUCCUGCAGGGCGUUGGGCCGGGAAGCCUGGUGGUCCUGGGAGAAAUUACUACUCCAGUCCUCAUCGGAAACCAUGUGACUAAUGUGAUCUUCAUCGUGGCCGACACAGCUGAGAACACUGAUGUUAUCCUGGGGCAUCCUUUCCUGUUACAGGCAAAGGCCUGCCUGGAUUAUGGCCGCGGGAAAGUCACCCUCUUCGGAAAGGAUAUACCCCGUGUUGUCACCAGUUCAGGACCUGAGGUGCACCUCGUCAAAGUGGCACGCAGGACCGUACUGGAGCCAGGGCGUGAGUACAUUGUGCCUGGCACCACACACCUCCACCCCACUGCUGCUGGUGAGCUCAUGCUAAGCCCUGCUAAGAGCAUUGUUAAAAGACACCAUGUGCUUGUAGCCCGUGCGGUUGUGCAGGCACGGCGGGCAGCUAGUAUCCCCAUCAGAGUUUUCAACCCCGGCGCCACGCCCAUCACAUUAAAAAGAGGGACUGUUGCGGGUGUCCUCCAGCCCGCCAACGUAGUAGAGGAGACAGGGCCUUGCCCCUCCAAAGUCACAGCAGCCCCUGAUCGCGUCCCCAACCACCUACAGACACUAUAUGCUGAGAGCUGUGCGAACCUGCCGGAAGAGGACCGCUGGAGACUGGCUGAACUGCUAACAUCUUACAGCGACGUCUUCUCCACUGGGCCCGCCGACCUAGGCCGCACCAGCCUCGUCAAGCAUGACAUCCUGACCACACCAGGGCCUCCAAUUAAGCAGCAACCCCGCAGAAUGGCCCGAGAUAAGCAGGUUGCAGCAGACCAGCAGAUGCAACAGAGCCUAGAGGCGGGCGUCGCACAGUCCAGCAACAGCAGCUGGGCAGCACCAAUUGUCAUGGUGCGAAAAAAAGACCUGAGCCCACGCCUGUGUGUGGAUUACAGAUCCUUAAAUGAGCGAACCAUCAAAGAUGCAUACCCCCUGCCACGCAUACAGGACACUUUGGACACCUUAUCCACUGCCAGGUAUUUCACUACGCUGGACUUGACAUCAGGGUACUGGCAGGUGGAGAUGACUCCCAGGGCCCGGAAAGCCGCUGCCUUCUGUACCCGCAAGGGGCUCUUUGAGUGGAAUGUGAUGCCGUUUGGACUCUGUAAUGCGCCGGCCACAUUCCAGCGGCUCAUGGACAGAGUCCUGGUGGGGCUACAAUGGGAAACAUGUCUCGUCUACCUGGACGACAUCAUCGUCCUGGGGAAGGACAUCACUCAGAUGAUAGAGCGGCUCCACCAGGUGUUCGGCAGGCUCCGUGAAGCCAAAUUAAAACUGAAACCAUCAAAGUGUUGUCUGUUUCGAGAACAGGUUACUUACCUCGGACACAUCGUCUCCGCCAGAGGAAUUGCCACCGACCCAGAGAAGAUGAGGAAAGUGGCAGAGUGGCCCAUACCCCAGAACAUGACAGAGGUACGCCAAUUCAUCGGUUUGGCAUCGUACUACCGGCGCUUCGUGGAAGGUUUCGCCACCAUAGCAAAGCCACUGCACGAACUCACAAAGAAGUAUGCACGCUUUCACUGGACAGCCGAGUGUCAGGGUGCGUUCGAGGAACUAAAAAGAGGACUUACAUCAGCGCCUGUUCUUGGCUACCCCCUCGACAGUGGUGAGUUCUUCCUAGAUACUGAUGCAAGCGACUGGGGAAUAGGGGCUGUUCUUUCCCAGUUGCAAGGGGGAGAGGAGAGAGUUCUGGCGUAUGGCAGCAGAAGGCUGUCGUCCACAGAACAAAACUACUGCACUACCAGACGUGAGCUCCUGGCAGUAGUAGAGUUCACCUCCCAUUUCAGACAGUACUUACUAGGACGACCAUUCACUGUACGAACUGACCACAGCAGCCUACGCUGGCUGACCAGGUUAAGGGAGCCGGAAGGGCAGCUGGCUCGUUGGUUGGAGAAACUGGCAGAGUAUGACUUCCAGGUGGUACACCGCCCUGGAAGACACCACCAGAAUGCCGAUGCACUGUCCAGGAGGCCAUGUAGAGCUUCAUGCCCCUGCACGGUGACACAGCCCAGCCCCAGCAGUGAACGGUGUCAUGACAAAGGAGUGCAGUGCAGCCUAACAGACACCCCAGCUGCAGAGGCCCUCAUCACAAUACCCCCAGAGCAACCUCUAGUGGGGGUAGUUGACACCCAUAAAAGUGACGACCACAACCACACCUCAUCUCAUCCCAGUAUCAACAGGGUGAGUGAAUCUCCACAGUCCAAUCUGUUCAGUGGGUGGACCCAUGAGCAAAUGAGAGCUGCACAAAUGGCUGAUCCAGACCUGGCACCUGUGUGGGGGUGGUUUGAGGAAGAGGUUGGGCGACCCGUUUGGAUCGACAUAGCACACUGUAGCCCUGCCACCAAAGCUUAUUGGGCACAGUGGAAAAGGCUUUACCAGAAAGAUGGAACUCUAAUGAGAAAGUUCUAUGGCAGUGAUGGAAAGAUGUUUUAUCCCCAGAUCCUGCUGCCCCAGGGUUAUCGCACCGCUGUGAUGGAGCAGAUGCAUGAUGGUCCUGUUGGCGGUCAUUUUGGGGUGGAGAGGACCCUUGCGCGCCUCCAGACAAGGUAUUACUGGUAUAACAUGAAGGACGACGUCACGUUGUGGUGCCGCACCUGCACCAAAUGUGCUGCUAAAGCUCGCCCGAAGAAAACCCCCCAAGCAGCUAUGGGUUCAGUUAAAGUGGGUGCCCCUAUGGAAAGGAUUGCUGUCGACUUGAUGGGCCCACUAAACGAGACAGAAAGACAAAAUCGCUACAUACUGGUAGUGAGUGACUAUUUCAGUAAGUGGGUGGAAGCGUACCCAGUUCCCAAUCAAGAAGCAAUCACAGUGGCAGACAAGAUUGUAUCUGAGUGGGUGUGUAGGUAUGGGGCCCCACAUUCGCUGCAUAGUGACCAGGGCACUAACUUCGAGUCGGCUGUGUUUCAGGAGAUGUGCGGUCUGUUGCAGAUUGAAAAGACACACACCGCCCCUUUCCGGCCCCAAUCGGAUGGCCAAGUGGAGCGCUUUAAUGCGACUCUACAGAAGAUCUUGGCCACUACAGCUGAUAGGUGCCACUGGGACUGGGAUCUGAUGAUUCCCUAUGCCCUCAUGGCUUAUCGGGCCACUAAGCACAGCUCCACUGGACUGUCCCCCAAUAUGAUGCUCUUCGGACGAGAGAUCACCGAGCCUAUUGAUCUGGUUGUGGGCUCGCCCCCAGACAGCAGCAGCGUCGUUUCCCUCCCAGAGUAUGUCAUGCAGCUUCGGGAACGCUUGCAGCUCUGCCACCAGCUUGCACGAGAGACGCUUGGGCGAUCUGCAGAACGUGCUAAGAGACAGUAUGACAAAAAUAUUUGCCAACUACAGUACAAGGUUGGGGACGCAGUGUGGCAUCUGAUCAAAGGCACAAAGGCAGUGAAGAACAAGGUGAAGAAAUUUCUGCCUUCAUACGGGGGUCCCUACUUCAUUGUUGGCCUGCUGGAUGACUUGGUCUAUCGGAUCCAGAAAUCGCAGAGGUCAAAGGUCAAGGUCGUCCAUCAUGAUAAGCUUAAACCUUACUACUCCCGGACAGAACUGGACAACACUUGGGUCUUCCAGAGCGCUGAUGAAUGGUCACCAGUGGAGGUGUCGCCACCCCCGGCUGAUGAAGACGCCGCCGAGCCGGACAUCGGUCCCCUCAGCCUGUGGGACGCCCCAUCGGAGACACAGGGCGCAGCUGUUGGAGCUUCACCGGACCCCUGCUCAUCAUCGCCAACUCCACUAAGCAGCAGCCAGUCCCCGGAUAACAUCAGUACGCCACAGUUAGUUGAGGUCGACAGCAGGAGUCAUCCUCCACUCUCUGCACGGCCACGGAGACCCCAGAGAGCGUGCAGAGCACCAGAGAGGUUUGGUGACUGGUUAUUCUCUAAAGACUGA